CCAUGGUCACCAUGACGCGCUCCAAAACUUUCCAGGCGUACCUGCCCAGCUGCCACCGUACCUACAGCUGUAUCCACUGCAGAGCACACCUCGCCAACCAUGACGAGCUCAUCUCCAAGUCCUUUCAAGGAAGUCAGGGCAGAGCAUAUCUGUUCAACUCUGUGGUGAACGUAGGAUGUGGCCCUGCAGAAGAGAGGGUUCUGCUCACGGGCCUUCAUGCAGUGGCAGACAUCUACUGCGAAAACUGCAAAACCACACUGGGGUGGAAAUAUGAACAUGCCUUUGAGAGCAGUCAGAAGUACAAGGAAGGCAAGUUCAUUAUCGAGCUCGCCCACAUGAUCAAGGACAACGGCUGGGACUGAGCGGGCAUGCUGGAGAGAGCAGCGGGUGGAUGGUGAAUGUGUGGGUGAAUGACUGACUUUGGUUUGCCAUUACCCUCUUAAACCCUCUUCUACCCUCCAUCUCCUGCUGACACACACGUCCCUCACCGGACCGAAACCAGGAGAGCGGGCCGCCCCGGGGGGUCUUUGUGUGUCUGGAGGAGAGCGUGCGCAUGUGUGUGUGUGUCUGCUCGGGCACAUGGGAGCACACUGAGAUACAUGAAUGCAUACACAAGGUGUACAGACAUACGUAUGUAAAAAUAACAGCAUAUCGCAUGUCACGCUCAUCUCAGCCCGAUGGUUUAUACUACAAGCGGCUCUAUUCAUACGCGUAUAUGACAUAAGGCAGGGCUCAGAGGGCGCGUUGUGCUUGGCAGGAUCAGGGUCACGAGUUUGCCGAGCUGAUGGGGCUUUCUCCACUAUGUGUCAGUGAGAAACUACCAGGCUGACCUUUCCGAAUUCAGAUUUGCACCAUCUGCGCCAGUGAGGAGAAUUGGCAUGGAGCAAUCUCUGAAUGGAGCUCUGACGGACCAACAAACAGGGCUUAAAGGAAUAGUUCAUCCAAAAAUC